UCAAUCAAGAAAGCUAUGAAAAUUGCAUCUGGAGCUUCUGGUAAACAUCUCUAUGACUUCUUUUGCAAAUAACUUGCACCCCAAGUUAGGUGAUUUGAAAAACGUUUCAGCAACUUUGUUUGUUUUCGCGCGUGCAGGUGUGAGAUCUGUCUCGAUUCAGGGACAGAACGAUCAGCUGGUUAUAGUGGGAGAAGGGAUUGAUACGGCAGAGCUAACUCGUGAACUCCGCAAGAAAGUUUGUCACACGACCAUUGUCACAGUUCAGGCCGCACCACCGCCGCCGCCGCCUCCUCAGCAGCAGCAGAAGCAGCCAGUGCAGCCGUAUCUAAUGGAACAUAACAAUGAGAUGGCUCCGGCGAGAAGAUGCAUAUGCGAGAUACCGAAUUCGGGUUACUGUGGAUUUUGUAGAUCUAUGCGUGAAACUCCUUACCAGAUGGUAGCUUCGUCGUAUCCACCUCCGGUGAUGUACGGUGGUUACCGAGAAGAUCCUGAUAAUUGCAGAAUCAUGUGAUGCACGAAUUUUUCAACUCUUGAGUGAUUUUUGUUUCGGUUUUAUCUUUUAUUUUAAAGAAAGAUUAGAAAUUUCCAAAUUCGUGAUGCUGUAAUUUUUGUGACUUGUGACAGUGGACUCUCAAAAAAAGAUUUACUAAACCCUAAAAAUAAGUAAAAUGUAAUGUUUCUUUUUUUUUUUUGUUAAAGGGUUUAGUAAAAUGUAAUGUUUCAUGAUCGGUGUUUCAAAAAAAAAAAGAGUAAUGUUUCAUGAUCGAGUUAUAUACUCAAACAAACAAAGAAUACGACUAUUCAUUCAUACUCGUUAAUAUUUGGUCUAGUUUCUUUUACGUAAGGUAAUACUAGAAACGGUUUGCAUUUUAGAUUAUUUGGGUCUCAAGUUUUGCUUAUUGUUUUUUGCAAAAAAAAAAAAGUUUUGCUUAUUGUUACAUGUUCUUCGUAGGGUGAUGAGGUCAAGUCCAACAGUUAUCAUUUUUUUUAAGGUCUUUGCUAAAGAUAUGUCUAACGAAACACUAUUGUUUUUUAAAUACUUCAAUUCCUUCGUAUAUUCUCGGCCUCAAACGCGGGAAGCGUGAUCGUGUCAAUUAUCAAUUAUUUAUUUCCUUUUCUGGGCAACUCACUAUAAAUGAAGAAAAUGAAUUGGUAAAGAAUCAAAAGCUAAUAUACUCCUAAUAUUCAAAGGAUCGUAUAUAUAUUGCAUGAGCUGAUAAUAAAAUCCAUAUAUCAAGACUAGGUCUACGCAUAUAAAUUGAGAACCGAUAACUGAACGAAAUCAAAUCUAAAACCAACAGAUGUUCACAAAUAAGCGAGUAAUUUUUAUAUCUCUGAACC